AUGCUCAUGCUCGAAGUUCCAGAUGCUCCAAUUUUCAAGGACUCCCAUGAAAGAAAUAUCAUUCCACAGGUUUCCAUUUUUGAUCUUUUAAAAAAGUACGAUGGAAACACUGAAUCUUACGUUUCUGGAAAGAUACAAAAAUACUCUAUAUGGAGGCUUCCAGAAUAUCUAAUUUUAAUCGUAAAGAGAUUCUUCAAGAAUGAAUACUUUGAGGAAAAGAAUCCAACAAUUGUAGCCUUUCCUAUGAAGAAUUUGGACCUUUCCGAAUAUGUUGAUGAAGACUCUCCGGAAAAGGGCGAAAAUGCUAGAUAUGAUCUAGUUUGUAACAUUUGCCACGAGGGAAAACCAAAGGAUGGGAGUUUCAAGGUUUUUGUGUUUCAUCCUCCCUCCUCAAAUUGGUACCAGCUGGAAGACCUACUUGUCACACAGGUUCUUCCACAGUUUGUUGCGCAAUCAGGUAUGAUAUAUAGCUGUAUAUGUUCAUAG